UGCAUCAGUGCGCAGGGGCGGCUGGGGAUGAUCGUCGAUGUUGCGGGCGCAGUGUUUUCACGACGUCGAUUUUCACGUGACAGCCCGCAGAAGUGCGCGGGAAUCCGGUCGUGUAAUGGUGUGAGACCUGAGGCGACAUUAAGUACGCACAUCUUACGACGCACGAUAAACGCAUUUCCUGACGUUCCCUUAUCACCCCGCCGAAAUGCCGGAGGAGGAGAAUUUUUGCAAGAAAAUGUCAAAAGCCACCAGGGGAAUACACGCAAUCAGCGAUGCCCUGGUGAACGCGAAACUGGCAUUCGGAUUCCUCGACGAUUCCGUAUGGGCUGAUGGACUUUUGGUUUUCUACGAGGUCUUUCGCUACCUGGAGGGUGCCAUGAUUAGAUUAAGAAACACCAAAAUUGGAUUGCUUCCACUCAGUGAACUUCAACGUACAGAGGCUUUCGAGCGCGAUCUUGAUCAUUAUUUGGGAAAAGGAUGGAGGAAAAACUACAGUCCCAGGGAUAGCGUCACCAAAUAUCUGAUGCGUUUGAGAGAAGUGGAAGACACGGAUCCCACUUUAUUAAUGGCAUAUAUUUAUCAUCUUUACAUGGGUCUCCUCAGCGGCGGUAUCAUUCUACGUAAAAAAAGGCAAAUCGUACAGAAGAUUUCGCCUUUCAAAGCGCAACCAUCGAACGAUGGUAAUAACGUCACAGACUUUGGGCAGAACAGUAUAUUUCAGUUAAAGCGUGAAUUACGUGAAUCGAUGAACAGAAUCGCGGAGACAUUGGAUGAGGACACGAAAAAUAAACUUAUCGAAGAAAGUAAAAUAGUCUUUGAAUUGAAUAAUGAAAUUAUCAAAAGUGUGCAGACGGGCAGUCAUGUUUUUGAAAAAAUAUUCUAUUUUAUUGGCCCAGUUUUAUUGGUUCUUUUCGUCCUGAUAAUCGUCCUCAAUAUCCUUUACAAAUACAUUAUACGUUAAUAAAAAUAUUAUACGUUAAUUCAAUUAACGCUAAUUUAACGUCAAUUUACUUAAAAAAAAAAGAUAAAUUUUUGUUCGGCCGAAAAGUGCUAAUAUCAAAAUCGAAAUGUAUAAUACCACAUUACGCGCUGUAUCUCUCGCCUUUCUAUAGUUAUAUAUAAAUGAAUUAUUACUAUUAUUUGUACAACAUAAUUUAAGAAUAUUCUGUUUCAUACAGUUUAUAAUGUCGAAAAUAUUGAAUUACCAAGAUUUGGUAAAAUUGACAAAUUUUAUCUAUUAUGUUUUAAAUCUGCAAAGAAUGCUUUUUAAAUCUUAUUUGCAAUUUGCUUACAGUUUUCACGAAAAAGUGACUUAAUAUUUCUCUUUCUACCAGAUCUUUCUCUAUAAUCAGUUUUCGUAAUAAAUUCAAAGUAUUGAAUCUUCUUUGAAUUUAUCGUUAUCAUCACGUUAAGAAUAGAUAUGUAUAUUAGACAUAUAAACAACACAA